ACAAAACAAAACUCUUCUAAAACUCACUACACAUACCAUGGUGACUAGCGUAUCGGAGAUUCAGAGCGCGGACCCGCCGGCUGCCGCCACCGCAGUCGACGACGAAUGCUGCAUCAAGCAAGUGGAUAUUACAGUCCCCAAGACCGACGACCCAAACUUGCCGGUUCUCACAUUUAGGAUGUGGGUUUUGGGGAUUGCAUCAUGCGUGAUACUCUCAUUUGUGAAUCAAUUCUUCUGGUACAGAUCCAAUCCCCUGUCGGUUUCUUCAAUUGCCGCGCAGAUUGCUGUGGUGCCCAUUGGUCACUUGAUGGCCAAGACACUUCCGACGAGACCUUUUUUCAAGGGCACGCACCUUGAGUUCACCAUGAAUCCUGGACCCUUCAAUAUUAAGGAACACGUUCUCAUUACUAUUUUUGCCAAUUCUGGUGCUGGUUCUGUUUAUGCAACUCAUAUUUUGACUGCUGUUAAGCUCCUCUACAAGAGACAGCUUACUUUUGUUCCUGCCCUGCUUAUUAUGCUCACAACUCAGAUUCUUGGAUUUGGCUGGGCUGGAAUCUUUAGGAAAUAUCUAGUUGAGCCGGGGGAGAUGUGGUGGCCAUCUAAUCUGGUGCAGGUUUCGUUGUUUAGGGCUCUUCAUGAGAAGGAGAAGAGACCGAAACGUGGCACCACUAUUACACAAUUCUUCAUUUUAGCAAUGAUCUGCAGCUUUGCUUACUAUGUUCUUCCUGGCUACCUUUUCUUUAUGCUCACCUCUUUCUCUUGGAUGUGUUGGUUUAAUUCCAAAUCAGUUUUACUUCAUCAACUGGGUUCUGGCACGCGCGGCCUUGGAAUCGGUGCAUUCGGAAUAGAUUGGACCACAAUUUCGUCUUACCUUGGAAGUCCCCUAGCUAGUCCUUGGUUUGCCACUGCCAAUAUUGGUGUGGGAUUCUUCCUUGUUACGUAUGUGAUGACACCCCUUUGCUACUGGUUCGAUGUUUAUGGAGCAAAGAAGUUUCCUAUAUAUUCAAGCAACCUUUUCAUGUCGAAUGGCCUGAAGUACAACAUCUCAAGCAUUGUAAAUUCAAAUUUCCAUCUUGAUCGAGGUGUUUACCGCACAACUGGGCCAGUAAAUCUCAGUACCUUCUUUGCAAUGACCUAUGGACUUGGAUUUGCCACACUUUCUGCUACACUUGUUCAUGUCUUUCUCUUCAAUGGAAGGGAGCUGUGGAACCAAAGCAGAAGUGCCUUUGGAGGGAAGAGGAAAAUGGACAUACAUACUAGGCUUAUGAAAGCCUACAAACAAGUACCCACAUGGUGGUUCCUCAUCAUCCUUGUGUUGAGCAUUGGUCUCUCUGUUUUUGCUUGUCAAUAUUACAAUGACUCUCUUCAAUUGCCUUGGUGGGGUGUUCUGUUAGCUUGUGCGAUUGCUUUCUUCUUCACUCUCCCCAUCGGCAUCAUUGCUGCAACCACAAACCAGGCACCAGGUUUGAAUAUUAUAACAGAGUACAUCAUUGGUUAUGCAUAUCCCGAGCGCCCGGUUGCCAACAUGUGUUUCAAGGUGUUUGGAUAUAUUAGCAUGACACAAGCUCUUACAUUUGUAUCUGAUUUCAAACUUGGUCACUACAUGAAGAUCCCACCGAGGGCAAUGUUCAUGGCCCAGAUGGUGGGAACAAUUAUAGCCGUGAUAGUAUACAUUUCAACUGCUUGGUGGUUAAUGGGUUCAAUUCAAAACCUUUGUGACACCAACUUGCUGCCAUCAAACAGUCCUUGGACUUGCCCGAUGGAUCGCGUGUUCUUCGAUGCUUCAGUUAUUUGGGGGCUUGUUGGGCCUCGCAGAAUAUUCGGGAACUUAGGAGAAUAUGGAGCUGUGAAUUGGUUCUUUAUUGGUGGAGCCAUUGCUCCUUUGCUUGUAUGUAUUGCACACAAGAUGUUCCCCAAGCAUUCAUGGAUUCGCUUCAUCCACAUGCCUGUUUUGUUGGGCGCCACAGCGAUGAUGCCGCCAGCUAGCGCUGUGAAUUUCACUAGUUGGCUCAUAUGCGGCUUUCUGUUUGGAUUUUUAAUUUUUAGAUACAAGACCGAGUGGUGGAAGCGCUACAAUUACAUCCUCUCUGGUGGCCUAGACGCGGGAACGGCCUUCAUGACAAUAUUGAUAUUUCUGACAUUGGGAUCAAAGGGAAUUGAGUGGUGGGGAAACAACACGGAUGGAUGCCCCUUGGCCGCUUGCCCAACUGCUAGAGGAGUUAUGGUUGAUGGCUGCCCAAUUAUCUGAUCUAAUUUCUUAGCUUAGCAACUAGCAAGUGUUUAUAAACUCCUUUUUUUUAUUUUCUUGUUAGAUAGCUCUCCCAUGCCUCUGCUGUAAAUAUAUCAUUUGGAUCUAUGAUUUUCUUUGAUGAUUCUUGUAACGAUCCUUAUUCUUUAAUACAUCCAGAUUAUCAUUA